AUGUCGACAGUAAAAAUUAAAAAAUAUCAUCCAGCUGAUGUCCUGUACGGAAAAUGUGAUAAUCAGCCAGUUAUUGUUGAAGCUAUACAAUUUCAUGGAGUUAAAACUACUAAAAAUGAUGCACUACUGAAAGAAAUUGGAUAUCUGUACACAGUUUCAUCACUUCCGGAAUUGAUACGAUGCUGCGAUCUAGCUGCCAAACAUCUUCGAGAAGUUGGACUUAUGGACAGCGUCACUCCACUGAUUGAUACAGCAAAUGGAAAGCGGGGCAAAUAUGUAGUUGAUUUUAUAAUAAAGGAGCCGAAGUCAUUCACCUUAGGCAUUAAGGCUGGAGUGACCAGUCGAGGCGAAACUGAUUAUUCAUUGAAUGCAGGUAAAGAAAGUUUUGGAGGACGUGGUGAAUCGGUGAAUGCGUACUAUUCCUAUACUUUCGAGGGUAAUCAAACUUUCAAUGUUUCAAUGGCAAAGCCUUUUUUGGGCUGGCAGAAGUAUGCUAAUGUGGGAUUUUCUUUGUAUCGAAGUUUGGGCAAUUUACCGUGGAAUCUCAGUAAUACGCAGGAAACUGGAUUGGUACUGCAAUAUAAUGGUCAGUUAUGGAACAGGAAACUUCACCAUAAUAUGAAAUUGAAUACGAUCUGGCGAAAAUUUUGUCCAGCAGAAAAAGCAGCAUUUUCGGUUCGGGAGCAUGCAGGCUAUACAAUGAAGUGUUCAGUGCAGAAUUCGUUGGCUUAUGAUACACGAGACCGACCACUUCUUGCUACAGAAGGUGUUUUACUGAAAGUUGCUCAGGAAUACGCAGGCCUUCUUGGUGAUGCAGCAUUUGUCAAACAUCAGUUUGAUGCUCAAGCAGCAACCCCAUUAUUCAUGGGUAUGUUCCUGAGUGCUUCAUGCCAGUUUGCGAUUAUCAAUACAUUAGCCGCUCAUCGCUCAGUACACCUAUUGGAUCGUUUGUAUGUCGGUGGGCCUCAUGAUGUUCGUGGAUUUGGAUGGAAUACAAUAGGGGGGCGAGCCGACAGUUCAUCAUGUGUUGGAGGAGCGACUUCUGCUAUUGGAGUUUUGCAUAUUUAUAGGCCACUUUUUCCACCAGAAAUGUUGUUUGCGCAUGCAUUUAUUGCUGGAGGAACUGUAGCGUCGACCGAUUCUCGACAUCGAUUCCGUGACAUGUCAAAUGCUGUACGUGUUAGUGCUGGAUUAGGGCUGACAUUUUUAAUCAAAAAUUUUGUUCGGAUUGAAUUGAAUUAUGUUAUUCCAUUGAAGUACAUGUCAGGCGACCAGUGUGGGGCAUCUUUUCAGGUGGGUGCUGGUCUUAACUUCUUGUAG